AUGAAAUUACCCUGCGCCAAGCUUUACUUAGGUGAGGAGCAGCACAUCGGGCGCAAUCGAUCUUGCGAAAACUUUUUCGUGCGGUAAGGUUUAAAAAGAGCUUAGUUCGGAUGUUAUCAUAAAUAAAAAGUGAGAUAAGGACGAUCAACCGCCGAAAAGAUCAGCGGGUAGGUUAUUGAUUUCCCCUCCUUAAUAGUAGCCCAUUAAAAAACUUCGUGCAUGUCGCAUGCGGAGUAUUUCCGUUUUAUGGGAUUAUCAUCAAAUCACGGACUUUGGAGUAACAAUACAACCGUUUUCAGUAGUUUAUUGAAACGCUGAACAUUGCCAAUAGAAGCGAAGAGCCGAGUCCCAGGAAGUAGUCUUGAAGAAGGAGACACGAUCGCCGGGACAAGAGCUUUAUUAGCCUGACGUUUCGGAUUCCUACUCGAAUCCAUCAUCAGAGACAAAAGAGCAGAAACGGGUGUUUCUGCUCUUUUGUCUCUGAUGAUGGAUUCGAGUAGGAAUCCGAAACGUCAGGCUAAUAAAGCUCUUGUCCCGGCGAUCGUGUCUCCUUCUUCACGCUGAACAUUGUUAUAGCAUUUAAGAGCAUAGCCGUAUUCUAGGAUCAGCACGGAAACCCCUUUCAAAUGUUGUGAAACAUAAAGGCCCCGGCGUCCUAAUGACCUCACCGGAACAAUCGUCACAGUGUCAAAGGACAGCCAAACGUGCGAUAAGGGUAUUUUUACGCUAAGGCAAGAAUUUGUGCAGAUCAAUAAAGAGCUGUUCAUAAAAACUUACGGGUAUUCGUUCGGUCUCAGUACAGGCCUGGCGGCCCUGGUUGAAGAAAGAUUACCAACAACCGGAAAGAGUACGGGCGAUAGCUACUAGGGUAUUCAAGAAUAUUGACCAUCUGCCUUAGAAACCAGGCUGGCCGAACUAAAUCUGUUUCCCGUCAAUUACAGGCAACUGCGCGUCGACCCCAUUCAAACCUACAGAUUUUCAGACGCCGAGAGUGCGCCCUGGGCUUUGACGAAUUCUACAUAGUGGCUGGGACAGACCACCUGUGAGGUCAUCACUUUAAACUGCACAGGGAGAUCCCGAAUACGAACUCAGACGAGCGCCUUCCCGUAGCGACUUCUUGGAGCAUGGAACGGACUCCCUGAUUCAGUCGUUUUCUCCGAAACUUUUGAAUCCUUUACGUGCAAAUAAGACGCUCAUUUUCCGAGUUGCUACAGUACAUUUAAUGCCGAUUUCUAGUGGUGGCAGUGUGCGUUUGACUUGCACAUACCGUUAACUUUAGCAUUUCCAGAUUUGCUGAUGUAGCAAUUAAUCCUAUUUCUGUUUAUCGACAUGAAUAGGCAGCUCAAGCGUGAAAGUCUCAUUCCCUUUAUACCCUGAUUUAAACUGACUUAAAAAGGCCGCAGUGCGAUUGCUAAGCGAUUGGUUUAUUUUCCGAAGUAGGAGAGAAACCAGCAAAGUGGUUUUGCGAUGCCUGUGAGCAUGCCAGCCGAUGUGGAAAACGAGUCUAAGCAUGCAUAAGCAAAAAUAAGUCAGCAAUUAAAAUAAUUGUUUUGUGCUUUAACAGUUUGAAGGCGCGCAAAAACAAUUUGGAUAAGCGGAAGACGUGAUUGUGUAGGUGAAAGCACUCAGAAUUAUCCAAAGCGUUUUUCGUCUGUGGUACAUAUUUUAACACGACGCUUGACGUCGAAAUGCAUACUUUUUUGCAUAAGUGUGGAUCAAUCUCGAACCUUGUUGUAACGGGCGGACUCUAAUUUCUUUGGAUAACUUUUUCUUCUGCAUGGAAUAGGGUCAUUUUUCCAUACUACACGCUUUGCUCUGUGUCUAUUUCUGGGCUUUCCCAACGUCUGGGUCAGUAGCGAAGGGCGUAUGUUAGAUGCCCAUGUCAUGAAUUCUCAAACAAUUUCACUAACUUGCGAGCAUGACAGCGUUGGGAGAACUACCUUGCAUCCAUGUUGCCUAUCCCGGGAAGUGACUGACAACGUCCUGUGCCAUCUGCUCUUCGACUCUUCUAAGGCACAGUGAGAAGACAGAGUAAUUGAAAAUGAGUUGCUUUCUUGAGUUUCCGAAGUGAGCAAACAUAUUUUAAUGUUUCAGAGUGAGUUCCAGAACAACAGUUCGUUAAUAAUGCUUCGUUUGUGUCAGUCAAGCAAGACUAACAGUCUCCAAAUCUAUAACUGAGCUAGCAUUUGUUGUGACGGCUUCCAUUUAGGCUUCACUCAGGCUCAGUCACUAACGUCAAUCUGAUUUGCUAAGAAACUGGUUGAUAGAUACAUUUACUACAAAAUUCCGCUGUUCGAUCGGUAUCUUCUUGAAUUAAAGUGUGAUUCAGUGCGAGAAUCAUUUUUGUAUCACAAGAGGGAAUGAUCCGUAACCAGCCUCGGUAGGUAGUUCCGAUGUAUUAUAUUUGUGAAAUAAGCCAAGCGCAGGCCAUCAUGAAGCGCGAACAUGGACUGGAAAUUCGGUAGAUGCCAAUUUUCUAACAGAGGCUACAACUAUUUGCAAGCAAAUGUUCUACUUCAAGUGACUGUACUGUUUAACAAAUCAGUAGACUGAAGUUGUAAAGAAUCUGCUUAACUGGACAAGUGUGCGAAAACCCCGCUGAACUCAAAGGAGUUGGUUUCUUUAUAUCUGUGUCCGCUACAGUCAGGAGUUUCGUGAGGCAUGAGUGUCUUCAAAGGAAUUGGUGUUGAUAAGUGUCUAUAGGUUAUGGUAUCUUAAAUUGGCUUUCGCGAAGUACCUCUAUGACUUUUAAUUAAAUUACUAAGGACAGAAAAAAAGACUUUCCAAACGGCAGCUUGGCGCCUUUUGGGGGCGUGGACAAGCGGGACUUUUCUGUACUCUUGGAUAAAAGUCGUUCUUAGAUUAGCUUUAACACGCAUGGUCAUACUUUGGACAAGAAACGUAGAAAUGUUGACGUGUGAUAUACAACUUAACAGUUUGGUUUUCCCAUCACCUCGAGGAGAAGCCAAGUUAGUCAUUAAUUUAAUCUUAUGUUUAUGGUGUUGUGGAAGAGCACAUUUGCUAUAAACAAGAAAAUAUACGAUCACUUUCUCAGAUGGCUUGCUAGAAUGUUCUCGCUUUCUUCCUCUCGACCCAGCAGAGAGAAGUAAAAUGGUUUAUAGAGUUCAAGUCUCUGAUGGGUCCUGAGCAUCACAACGAUAUUGCAUUGGUUCACUUCACCUUCGAACACUAGCACGUAAAAAACUCAUCAAAAGCGCCGAAUACUCCAGAGAAAAAACAACAACGUAAUUGUUAGAACGCUGAGGGGAACAACAGGUUGCGGGGACAAGAGUAGGCAACCCCUGCAGAAGAGAAAAUCAAGUAUUCUCGACCCUCAAGUGGACAAUCCGACAGGCCUGAUUCCACAUGCAUACAUCUAUGAUUUCGAGUAAGACCUGUAGUCUCCUAGUGUCGCAGGGUGCGAAACACCAAUCUUCUGGAAUAUUGGGGUAACCUGCAAUUACUAGAUAUCUAAACUUCAGACCGACUGCGAUUUGAAAUUUCUGCGAGAUGAAAACAUUAUAAUUCGCAUUGGCUUUGAUUGGGCGGUAAACGAAACCACUGAAAAAUGAAUACAUCCUCUUUGUCGUGACUACUAACCAAAAGCUAUCUACUACUAUAGAAAGCUUGGGAUGGUUCAACAACAAAAAUAAAGGUUUCUAAUUCACAAACAUGCAGGUUUCUCCAUUACAACUGUCUUGACCGUCAUCCCGAACUUACAUUUGGCCCGGAAAGACAGUUAGGCAUCAGCUACCGAAAACAUUAUUCAUUUCUCAGUUAUAAAUGCAAUGCCAUAACAAGUGUUACGCAACUGGGUCUAAAAUGGAUGCAUCUUAUUUCCCAAGGACAUAGGACUUAGAACAAGGAGCUAAGGAGGUGAAUAAACUGUUCCUACUGGGAGGAAACUCAAUAAUACUGUGGUCAACUAUCCAUGGAUGAUGGGGUUUGAUUUCCUCGAUCAAUUCUGCAAACAUUUGUUGGCAUCAAAACCGCCGAAUUUGGUUUAGGACUGCAGGAUUUGCAGAAGGAAAUGACGGAAAAAAACUGAGCACUGCUACAAAAUUUCUGCGCUUACGUAGGGAACCCAUGUACAAGGUACUGCAAAAUAUUCCAGUUGAUAUGACACUUAGGACCAAGCGAGACCAUUUGUGCAAAUUGAACCUUCGUGUUAGGAUCUCGCCAGCCAAGCAGCUGUGUGGUGAAUGCUCUUGGAGGCGGGAGAGGCUGCGUUUCACUUAGAAGAUGAACGCCAACAUGUAAGAAAAUAUUGGCCCGCAGGGCUUAGCUGCUUCGCCAUAAGUUCUGGCGGGCAGCUGGAAGUGGGCUAUGUUGGGGAGUGUAGUAGCCGAAUUUGAGCGUGUAACAAUGUAGUAGACGUUGACUACAGCUGGUUUUACACAAUGCUAAGGGAUAAAAAAUGUGUAUGAGCCUUCGAAGUAUUCAAGUUCUUUAACUUUCUCAGUGUGCGCGUACGGUCGAGAGGAACAAAACAGUGUCACUGACGACAGAAUACUUUGUCGCACCUCACAUCGAGAGGAUGAGAACAUAUUCCAUAUAUCAGAAGGCAUUUACUGGCUUGCUGGAAUCGCGAUUUAACGGACAUAAUGGUUUAGCACCUAUGACUAAAUCUGAAGCCGUAACGGUGCACAACUUCGCAGGAACCCUCGAGGGCAUCAAAGUAAGUCAAGAUAUUGCGCAAAAUCAAAUGCUGUUUACGUUUUAUCCGAUAUUCAUUUUUGCAGCAGUUUCUUCGGUGAACUGGUAAGUCUGCUUUUUAAAAAAAAUCGGAUGUUCUUCCAAAGCCUCCAUUUGGAAAUUAAUCUUCAACCUCAAAAAAUAUGCUUCGUUUUAACUAGCAAUUCCGUAUUCUUGUAUAUUGGAAAUAUUCAGGGUUUUGAUCUGGACAAGAGAACUUUGCAAGUUGAGAUGUCGGCUAUGUCUAAAGAAGGGUGUAAACUUCAGCAGUCGAUUUUUUUAAUCUUCGGUCAUGCUUUUAUAUCCAGAGCUAGUGGAGAGGGUAAAAUAUAAAUUUCCAGGCGCUCAUUUUGGAGACGUUUAAUCUUUAAAACAAAAUCACCUCCUACUUUAGGGAAAUAAAACACGCUAGUGAUUGCAACGGUGACUACAAAGGGUGUGACACUACGUAGAAAUCUCAAAGAUGGGCACAUUACGCAAAAAAAUUAACGAAAUUCGAGUACAAUAACUAGAACAACAAUGGCCAGACUGGCAAAAAUUGUGUGUAACCAUAGGGGAAAAACUGACGAAUGGGCUUAAAACAUAUAUGGAUUGCCAAGACUUGUCGAAUAAGAACCAAUGAUCCCCUUAUUUUUCAAGAACGGAUCGCUUGGGAAAGCAUAAUUUUGGAAAAAUUUGGAGGCGUUCGUUGACCACGUUGUGUGCCAUGUUCCUUCUGUUGUGCCGUGGCGGUAAAAUUGAAACGUAAGCAGGCGGUCUCACAGUGGUUAAUUGCUUGUUUACUGGCAGGUCAUCUGUGGCACACGCCGGUGUGCUGUUUAACCACGUCAGCCACUGUGCUUGAUCACGACUCUGGCUGCGCUGACAUCGUCCUGCCACCGAAUCUGGCGAGGUGACGGUCAAGGGAGUGUGGCAGAUGCUGAGCACGUCUGGUGCUUAUAUAAACUAAGUCAUGCGUACUUCACCGUUAUUGUGCCCACUAAGUGCAUCACACGGUGAACGUCGGCGUUCACGUUGGUCAAGAUAUUUAUGCGUUCAUAGAAAAUUAUGGACAAAGACAAGGAAGAGGGAGAUGUCGAUUUGUGCCUCGUAAGCUAGCGGAAUCCUACUUUACUAUAGAAUAUGGGAAUACAUUCAGCUGGAUUAGUCUGAUAGGAAAUGGCGGAGUUCAGAGACCGUCCAAUAGCUUUCGCGUCCAUCGCUGCACUCACUUGUCGACGUCACUAUCUUUCAUAAUCGGGGAUCUAUGUUGGCAUUUCGUAUUUAAACUGUGGUCGAACGGAAUUGACAAAGCUCCACGCGACGAGCUCGAGACGAAAGACAGCAUGCCUAGUCCACUGCAUGGUUUUUGUUGCCUUUUAGACGACUCUACUGCGGUGUUCGGAGGGUAGCAUGUUUGAAGUUGCCCAGAUAUCUAUAUCUUCAUGCGUAUCCACAUUAGUUAGUGGAAUCCGUUUUUUAGUGUACUAAUGUAUUGGGAAACGCCUCCAACAAGCUUCCAAUAGUAAGAUUACGCACUUGGAUAAAUUAGAAGUUAAAAGCCACCCGGAAGACCAUGCAGCCAGCUCAUCAACAAAUUUCUGUAUCUUCUGCGUGUCGUUAGUACAGCUUGAUGCUUUCCUGAUGUCCAUGUCAUCUUUAAACAUGAUUGCAUUGCAGUCAGGGCCGUCCUUGCAGUCGGUCCCGUAAAUAGGGGAGAGACGAAAGAUAUCGCUUAUAUUUAAGACUUCCAAAAGUGUUUAUCUGAAAGUCUUCGGUUUAUUUGUCUGUAUCUGCCUAAUUCGUCCUGAGUUUAAUUGUGUUUGCCCAUUCGGAUCUCUCAUAGGUGUAAUUUUCGUAUCUUCUUAAAAAUUUUUUUAAAGGGAGCGUUUUUUCCGGCCAUUAUAUAUAAACAGAUAAUAGGAACAGAAAAAUAGAAAAAGAGGUAAGUAAGACUCAUCCAAGUAACUUCAUUUCAAGACGAAAGAUGUACUGAUUCAUUCAAUAUCCGCUCAAACAUUUGUGUAUGGAAAGGGUAAAAGUGGGCUUGCAAUGCAGGUGAAAAAACUGACGGCUAUGCCACCGAUCAUUUUCGGUUGAGAAGCCGUCAUCAGUCAGCCCUAUUUCAGCUUGGAUAAUCGUGGACAACGACUGGACAGCAAAUCUUCGAAAUCUUUGGCCGUGAUAAAAAUAUGUUGACAAAUGCAAAGAAACACUCCGAAUUGCAGUUACAGGCCUCACUCAAGUGGCUCAUUUUUGGAACGUCUUAAUGAAGUAACUGAUAACCAGCUCACCCAAACUCAGCUCUCCUGUGACUAAGCGGAAUAUGUCUGGGUAUGACUCACGGACGAUGCAAGCAGGUCAGGCAUGGCUAUUGGACAUUUUAACCUCGCUAGUGGUAUUAUGUGCAUGCUGCAUGAACCGCAGUCUUCCCCAUAAAUCACGUAGAGGAACACCAGAUAGUGACCUACUGUUAGACCUACUGUUAGACGACGUAGAUAUUAUCGAAUGGUCCCUUAAAUGACCAUGAACAGAAAAUUCGUCCUCGAAAUCAAACAUAGAAAAUCAUUUUCGAAGUAUCCUAAAUGAAUUCCUGCAGCACUUAGCAAGUUAUCAGGAGAUUAAGACCAAAACUUACAUUAAUUUUAUCAAAAUGAGAAAUAAAUAUAAAGUGCAAUUUUGAGCAUGUUUUAAUUCACCGAAAUGUCUGCGGAUGAACGAAAUAAGUUGUCCGAGAUCGCUAGCAAUCCAAGCACUAAGGCCGUGGGUAAGUCGUAGCUUCAUGUUUGAAUACUUUGCGUUGAUAUCGAGAACCGUUAGUUUAUUGCAAACGAGACGUUUGUCCGGUGUAAGAGUGAAUCCUAAAUUUCAUUCAAAUAAUCACCUGCAUAUCUCGUUGCCAUCGACUUUGUAGUGGUCGAAGACGGCAAGGGUAGCAAACACCGAAGGGAUUCUUACUAAGACUGAUUUGAACAGAGACUUAAACAUGCCGCAAUACUCAUCCACACGCAAGGGAAGAAGAAGCUUCAGGUAGGCAGUAAGGUAUACUGGGAGGAAUAGAAAAUAUGAAUACGUAUAAUAGUACUUAAUUGCACAAAGGAGAUGAGUCACAACAAGGGAGCAAUCUUUCUGGAUGGUAAGUUGACACUGACAUGCUAUCUAAACAACCGGCGGGGAACGCAGCGCUGUGGGCAACCGCAGGGGAAGACCGAGAGAGAUGCUGACGUAGGGAGAGAGAGAAAUGCGAGCGUUACGGUAAGUUGCAGGAAGGAGGUCGGCGAUAGUGAGAGGAAAUGACACCGACUAUCUUCACCGACACCGUCCUAGGUCCGUGCAUGCGAAAGUGCCUCUUCAUCCAAACAACCCUAUACAGAUCGUGGGGCGUUACAACUUCUUUAAGAACUAUGGUCGCAACUUUUUCUGACAAAACUUUGUAAUAAAAAAAUGGAUUUUGACACCUCCCCUUUCCCAGAUCGUAGCACCUCUCAACAAAGCAAGUACAUAUAAUUAGUUUCAACUAGUUGUAUUAUGCUUCAUUCAAGAUGCCUUUACAGGCAUUUUUGAAUUUAGAAGAAUAGACUCACGUUGCGCCAUAUUUCUCAUUUUUCAGUCGCCGGAUACUGAGGUUCUAGUCUUUGUGAAAGAUCGUCAUGCCUGCAAAUCUUUUGUGAGAAUUUUUUUAGUUCGCCGUAGUACUUCUGAGGGAUCUAAAUGAUGUUUUCAUCUUCGCAUACAGUAGCCGUUUGCUACAUUUCCAUAGAAGAGUUAUUUUAGCAGACGACUCUUUGUAACAUCAUUACACAAUUACUUCAUUGAAGUUGCAUCCACUUCGGCAUCGCAAGUAGGCGCUACUGUUUGUCAAUCCCAGGACCUAGAUGUCCGGAAUCUGUUAUUGCCUCUUAAUCUUUAGAAACAGCUGAAGAAAUCGUGGCGUAAGCGCCUGACAUUACUUGCGUGGCUCUGGGAAGUGUUUUAGAUUUUUUGCAUUUCUAGUUUAGUGUUGAAGAGGAUACCGUAGGGGUUCGACACGGAAUAUUGCAGUCUGUCGAAGACUUGACUGCUUUUGGAAAUCUAAACGGCAAUGUCGUCGUCACUCUCACUUUUUCCUCAAAUCGUGUUUCCCCAAGGUAUCCGAACUCGGAUGUGUUUGUUUUCACUAGUAUACGGAACCCAUAGUACUGGGACUUCACGCCUACAUUCGUUUAAUAUUUUACUACAUGCCACGCGAUCUACUUUAAAGUUUAACUAAUUACUGACGCUUGGUGUUAGGAAUGGUAAAUGCUGUUUCGUGGCGAAUGCCAAGGCAGAGAAUUCGAAGUGUUUACUGUAAUUUUACGAUUAUUUAAUCUGCCGUAGCGUUAUGUUUGGUCACAUUUUUCAUCCACUGAAUUAGUGCCUGGAAAAGAUCUGCAGCACACCGACUGGCUGAGAGGGGCAUCAUAAGCGAACCGACAUGCGGCAGGCGAGCAGAAGCCGCUUUGGAGAGCACUAGAUUAAAAUAAAUUUAGGCCUCCAAGUGGACCGCAGCUAACGGGUUUAGUAUUAGCUGAACCAAGAUCAAAACGGAUAAACAAAGCGGGGAGUUUAAAAAGCAGCUCUGUCAACCACGUCUGGACAGUAAUAGGGCAGUUUUGGGUCAGAAUUAUUGUCUAACAGCACAUACGCUUGAAGUAGGAGACAAUAGGGCUCCUGCUUUUUGAAAAAAAUAGGGUUUUUUUUACUCUUAUAUAAAAUAACCACUUUUCGGCUUUUAUAAAUCAAAAUUUAUGUUUCACAGCAUCACGGCUAUGUACGAUUCAGUGGAUUUUUUUCAAUCCUUGUCUUAAUAAUAUUGCGAAGGGUGUAAUGCGGUGUGUCCCGACGUCUUGAGCGAAAAUGUCCUAGUGACUAGUUUCUUUUUACGGAAAUGAGAAAGGACUGUAAUUAAAUUCUUGACUGCGGAUCCAUGCAAUUUAACCCACAGCAUCCCAUGUGGUGAACUGAUGUUCUCAUCUGUGAGUAAAGCUUUACUGGGUGAACCGAUGCUCCACUUUCAAAAGAAUUAUUGGUAAUUUUGACUAUGCCGCCUCCAAAUUGUGGUAAGUAAAAUGAGCGCUUUUUUCCGGUCAUUUUAAAAAGGGAACACUCAGUGCUCAUUGGAGACAUUUUAAGAAGUUCGUCUUUACAGACUUCUAUGAAGGUCCUCUACUGUAAUAUACUUUUAUGAAUCAGCAAAAAUGCAAGCAGCGACUUGGUUUGUUUUUUUUAGAUCGGCCUGUGUCUCACACCCUAUGGAGUACCCGAUUGUCGUAGAUAAUGGAGCAUACGAAUGUCGUGCUGGAUUUUCUUUCAAGCAAGAACCCAGUCUCGUUUUCCGGAAUCUUGUGCUGAAGUCUAGAUCUCGGCAGAAGGCUGUCUUUGUUGGUGAGCAUGACCCAACGAUAGACCCCAGUCAACUAAAUCCAAAGUCAGCCUUUGAACACAAUCUCGUGACGCAACUCGAUGUCCAGGAGACCGUAUUCGAUCACGUAUUCCAGAAACUCUGCUCGGAAUCUUCGUCUAUAACCAGCCCAAUUGUUUUAACUGAGGCACUUUGUUGUCCACAGAAGUGCCGUGCACGUAUGACCCUGUAAAAAUGUUAACCAUCAACUUUUCAUUCAGAGGUUACUCAGCUUCUCCUGGAGACCUACUCAGUCGAAAAGAUUGCAUAUUUUGUUGAUGGUCUCUCUUCCUACUACUCAAAUUUCGGUUCCGCCAGUGACCGUAAGUUUUUGGUGAAGUGCGAUUGAGAUACACUGACUAACUUUUUUAAAAUUUAAAACAACUCUCAUAGAUCGUAGGUCUUACACUUGACUGUAAGAAAGGGGCAGCUCGUACAUGUAGAAAAUGUUUUUUGUUUUCAGAAACGUGAUUGAACCGCUGACCACUAGAAUUCGUUUCAAAUGCUCUAAUAUCAGGCUAUCUUGGCUAAAGGAAUUUCGAUUGCUUUGGCUACCUGCCUUGCGUAAAUACGACAGCUAGGCGGUAGUGUGCCAGUGCCUUCAUUUUAGUCUGAAAUUCUGUGGCACGAGGUCUGUUUGGUGUUUCCCUAAAAUUCAGGUUUUCCGUAGGCGUUUCGUCAAACAAGAGUUCUGUCUUACCAUUUCACAGCAGAAAUACUAUUCUUCAGCCCCCAAUGAACAAAACGCUCACUUCCUAGGGCCGUCUGCUGCAUGCAAACUUUCAGUCCGACGGCCAUGGCUGUUUUCAGCUAAGACUGAGGUCAUUUCGAAUAGCCUGCUGUACGGCCGCCGAAUCUGCUGAGGGCACCGCCAUUUUGAACGGCAGUAGAUCAAAGGGGGAGAGGUACUACCAACAAAGAAAAGGGCUGAAAUGACGAUAACUCGCAUAACUAGCCGAGCACAUCCCACCCUUAGGCGGAGGCCACCUGAGAUUUGAGCCCGCACUCAGCUGGUCAUUGGCAUUCGUCGACCAACCUGCCAGAUGAACUACGGCCUCGCAUCCCUCAAGCUGCGAUCGCAACUAUUAAAAAUCCAGCACGAACCGCUUCUGCCGAUCUGGGUUGAUUACAGAACCUUCUGCGGGUGUCCCCUUUUACUUUAUCCUUCCUUUGCCAAUCUCCCGCAGGCAGUUGUACUGCGACGAGCACUGAAUAAAUGCAAAGUAUCACUGAACUUGAAGCGAAUGUGCGAGUCCCAGGUUCUUGCUGCAAAGAUGAACGCGUGAUCACUGGGCCAGUGUCUGCAUUAGCCUGAGCCGCAUUCUCACGGGUUCUGAUGAUGGCGUCCUCUACAAGACCGAAAGCUUGGGCUAACACACAUACCGUCCCAGUAAUCGUGCAUUCAUCUUCUUUAUCACUGUAAUAGUCAAGUCACCUAGGUGAACGUCGCCUCUACCCAAAUUAGAAUCAAAUUCAACCAGCCCUGACCAGUAUACAGUAUGCUCUUUUCGGCACGGAACUCCCUCGCACGGAGUUCAUCUGACCAACCUACGUCUUUGAAAUUUACUUCCGUGGAAACAAAAAAUACCUUGACUACCAUACUAUGACUUUCGAGUUGUCUUUGUUAGUUUCCACCUCCUUUGGCGCUGGCGAAGUAUUCGACUGAGGAUGAAAGACCAAGCACACAGAAUGACAAUCUGGUUGCAUUCGUCAUUGCAACUUGGAGAUCCAGGUGUACCAAAAAAAACAAUUUAAAAGCUUGAACAUAAUAAGACGAGAGACUUGACGUUUUGCGCCGACAGUGAGGUUUUUGGAAUUCAUCCCCUACUUUAUGUGAUAAUAAUAGCUUUAUUGAGCACCUGUGUGGUCACUGUCACUGGCUGGUGUUGCUCAGGCCUUGUUCCCCCUCUGGCUGCUCGGCCGCUAAAUAUCCAGAAAGGAGGCGACGUCUUGCGCGCGCGACUUGGAUUACAGCGGUGGAGACCACCGUAUCACCAACUUCCCUCCCUGCUUUUCUAUACACAUCCCGUUUUAAUGCUAAGGCGAGGCCCGUACGAGUGGAGGUGCCCCUGGACGCAGCGACCGCCCUGCCAUAAAGUCCUUGUUCGCGCAUGUUACGAACCGGGCGUCAGUACCUCGGAGCUCGCAUAAGUGAAGGAGAUAUUGCAGCCUGAUCUGGAGUUUGGAAGAGGAGGUGGAGGAGGAGGAGGGGUGCCUUAUCCGAUCAGUUCGCAGCUUUCAAAGUCCUCACUUCCAGUGUGUCGUAACAGUCUAAAAGCGCGUCCAAUGAGGCAUAGUGAGGAAGUAAGUGCCAUCCUCUGGUCGUUUAAUAGUGACAAGUCAGAUUCAACAUGACGAGCAAUUUGUUUAGACGCAGUGGCUGGCGUGUGGAAGCACCUCCCAGUGAUGAUUUCCUUUUCAACACGAGCCAGUGGGCACCUACAGCCCGUGGAACCACUAGAUGUAUUUAAUGCCCAAGCAGGUUGUGAGGACCCUUUCAAGAAUUUAUUGGCUGACUAGUCUUGAUCCUUUUUCCAGUCCACCAUCUGUUUCAACUGUUUUCACCUGCGCCUGUGGCUUAAUUAUUCUCGCUUAUACACCUCAGGGACUGAUACACUCCUUGUUUCCUUCGGGUACCAUAACACCCACGUCAUGGCAUUCUCUGGUCCUCAAUUUCAUCCUCUUGGCCUUAUUCCGCCCGCCUGUAGACGACUUGGCGUUGGUGGGGCGCAUGUGGCCUGGUAUUUGCAGCAGCUGCUGGCCCUCAAGUAUCAGUGCCAUGCCGACCGCCUCACUACUACGGUUGCCGAAGUGAGUUUGUGCCAAACUUGACCUUCUCCUCUCCUGAGUUACAGCAUACUUAAGUAGGAGGUUGGUCGAGGCGACGCAAGACCACCUCCGGCACGGAAGUAGUGGUAAAGGGCAUUUUACGUGUGGGGCCUUUUUAAAGAAACAGACGAUAUGGUUGAAAUUACCUAUCAGGUCAGGAAAUCAUGUUAACGCCAUAUGCUUGUGCUAAUAUAUAAAGUGAUCCUGGUCUAAACUCCACGCAGAAUAAAAAGCCGACAGGAAACCGCGCGACUUCAUAAAAAGUGCUGCACUCCAAUUUUCGGGGAUGAACCAAGUAACUGCUUCAGAUGCGGAAUGGCCAACGAGCUUUCGGUAAGGCAGUCAUGGCCCCACCCGCCUACGGCACACAUCACUAUUAGAUGUCGUCUCCGAAAGCCGGACUUGGACGAAAAAGUGUGUCGAGCUGUAGGUGAGCAAAUAUCGAAACCUGUAGCAGACUGGGCCUGAGAGGGCUUUACUCCUGUUCUAAGACUCAAACUUUACGUUUCGCCAGCAACUGGGAUUUUAUUUUUCUGAUCAUCUUGUUGAAGGCCUCUCAGUUAAGUAAUUUGUAGUAUUUAUGCUAAGCCGUUUUAACAUUCUUGAUGAUCAAAUGCUCUAUUCCACAACACGCUUUCAGCAACUCGUCCGCACCUUUGGGCGCGUCGCGGAAAAUUAUCGAGAGGAGAUGAACAAGUGGGCCAAUGAAAGUUACCGGACAAGCAAUACGAAGAAAUGGAAUCUUGACCACUCGGACGUAAGUUAUUAGAAUAUCAAAAAGUGCCCUAGCCAGCGGGAAUCACUUUGACAUGCUUUUUUGAUUCUAAACCAUCUGCAAUGAAAUUCAAAGGCGUGACUGAUAGAACCAGGCGGUACGGGUUACUGAAACGGCCAGCUCGCUUAUUCUGACGAUCUGAGGCUUCCCUCUCCCAGUGCGAUGUUUUCAACACUAAUCUCUGCGCAUUUCCUGUCCCAGCCUUUAAACAUCCUCGCCAACUAACUCGCCUUCAUAACGGCGGGGUCGGAGUCGAUCUUAGCGUAGGCUGACGCACGUGGUGGGGACAAGGCCGUGCGUCCGUGGCACGCGUAGACGGGCUGUUUGUUUUUGGCAGCCAUUGCACCCAAACCCGCCCCCGAUCAUUUCGACGUUGCCCUGCCAUCGGGGCGAGGCAGGUGAGGAGGAGGAGAAGGAGAGUAGUACACAAGUCACCAGUGCUGCGCUCACUCCGUGGGGCACUCGGUUGACACCGUCCUCUUGACACUGGGCCCCGGUGGGGAGGUGAAGGGAGUGUGGCAGAUGCUACAAAUUUACGUGCAAGUCACUGUGCCUGCUUCACCUUGCUGUGGAGCACACGGUGGACAUAGUCGGACACCACGGUCGAACUGUCAUGACUGCUGCACCUCGGAGUUUAGGUUCUUGGAUGAGAGACAAUUUCCAUGCAUUUAUGAAUUUGGAGGCACACAUUUGGUCUAAUUUGAUGAGAAUGGGAGAGAACGAGGGUUUUGUGAAGUAUUUGCACACGGUGCAACAGAUAGCCGGAAAUCCUUCCUCACGGCCCCGCAGGCCUCAAAGUGUGUAUUGCUGUUCGUUCCACUGGGGUACCUGGAAAGACUUCACUUGUAGCACGAAGUGUCCCUGAUUUGCCCUGUCUAGUGACCCCUUUCGAUGCUUCCUUGAAGGCGCUGAGCAAUGGGCUUACAAUUACUUUCUACUCCCUAGCAUUCAACAAAGAAGGCGAAUGAAGCUGCUGAACGCAGACAGCUGCAAGCGGAGCGAUUGCGGGAACUGCACCGAAGGCGGCAUCUGGAGAAGAUGGUGAGUUUACAUGCAUUGUCCCGUUCUUUUUUUUCCAUCGCCGCCUUUCCCCUGUGCGUUUCCUGCCAUGCACGCAGGCAAAUUCUGCCCCAGUUACUUUAGCGAUCUGUUUGGUUUGAGGGACACGAGAUGGCGAUACAAACGCCUUCUGGGUUGUGCAUUCCCUCGGCGAACUGCCCGCUGAACCAAAAGUUAGGUGACACCACGCUGCGCAGAGUCCGAACGAGCCCAUAAACGCGACCGUACAGGAGUGUGGUGGCGCCCCCAUACGUAGACCUCCACGCCACGAGGGCAAUUGUGUCCAACUAACUGACAGGCUCGGACAGUCGACCGGUGCAUGGGAUUGGAGAGAGAGGAUGAGGUCGACACUGGGGCACCCAUUCCCGUGGCAAAUUAACGCAUUCCUCACUAUAAUAAACCUGACGUCCCCAAGUCGGUCGUAACGCGCGAAGUGUCGUGGCCCAGAAGAUUGCCAACCGACAGGAUAACAGUGUUGGCCCUAUCGGGGACUGCGAGCCAGGUUACAAUGCCCCCCCCCCCUCCUAAUUAGACCGCCAUGGCACUCUCACGCGUAGGGAGUCCGAGCCGUCCUUAAAGCAGCCUGGUAAACGCGGUGGGGACGAGGUUGUGUGUGGCACGCGCAGUCAGUCUCUGCGCCCGCGCCCAUAGCCGGCCGUCUUCACGCUGUCUUGCCAUCGGAGCAGGGUUUGUGAGGGGGGAGAGAGUGCGGUAGGCGCCGCGAAAGUCGGCUUCCUUAUACAAUAAUUUGCGCGUAAGUCACCGAUGCCGUGCCCACUCGAUGGGACGGUUGGACUGGGAGUGACUAACUAUUCUGCCCUUAAGGCAGCUGUCAGCCAGCAUGUCUUGACGCAAUUUACGCAAACUACGAACCCGCGAGAGCGGGUGACCGGAACUUCCUAGAUCUACUAGGCAUCCACCGUCAUAACUUCAAAACUGCGCUGAGCUGGGAUCUCGUGACGGGCACUAUUGCAGCCACUUUCAGAAUAUGCGUCGUCUAUUCCUCUGUUACCUACCCGGAAACAGGCCAGACGCACACCUUAUUGGAUUGAAGGUCGCAUGCCGUGCGUGAUGAACAUGCCAUUUCACCCUAUACGCGCUGCAGAGCUCUCAUCCAGUGCUUAGCUGAGCGACUUCAUCCCGGCUAAUGUCGUGACUGGCGAGUAAAAUCAGAUGAGACGUGUGACAGGCCUCACCAACGCCUGCGAAGUCGUGUAUCAAGCCUGGUGCGCCCAUGGAAGAGGGUGGAGUCAUAUGUUGCCGGCCGCCGUGUUCGCCUUCUUCACACUGGACAAAAUGCAGCACACGCGGUAACACCCCUUCUCCCAGGGUUGUGGUUAUCAUCGUCGUUUUUGCAGUCGGCAACGGGAAGGGCAGCAACCCAGCCUGAGAUUCCUGACUGACGAAUCGGGCAAUCGGAAAACACAGUUCCCAUCCUGGCUGUGGGGUGCCUUUUCUGCAUUGGGGGCUGGCAGAAUUACAGUAUCUGGCCCAUCUCAUGAAAAUGUUAACCAAGAACCUGAAACGUGUUUUCGAUGGGGAAGGAUUACUUGGCUGGGGGGUAGUAAUAUUGAUCAUAGUGACACGUAGUCCCAAGAUAUUUCAACCACGCCAAAGCGCCUGCCUUCGGAUGCACAUAUUUCUGACCGCCUGCAACAAUCAUACUCGGCGAGAUCGACUACUUAAGUAGCAUAUGUUUUCUAGGUUGACCUUCAGUGUCCUUAUAAAUUCAAGUAUAUUUUACAGAAAACAUGCGCACAAAUACUCUUUAUUGUGGUCAUUUGAUUGCAAAUUAUUGGAAUGUUGUACCCGAGAAAGGCCGUGCAGCGUCCACCCGCACAACAUCGUGUAUGUUCGUUUAUUAAUUCUGUUUACGAAGUAUACAGCAUAGUCUACACCCAUUGCAGGAUUUUGUGAGCCCCAUAUGUCUUAAAAAUGCAGUGGAAUUUAGUUUCCCCUCACACGGAAAAUACGCAUUAUGCAAUUCUGAAACCCUAGGCGCAAGUGUAACUGCAAGUCGGGUCAAAAAUUGUCCGCGAAUCGAAAAAGUUUUUCAAAGCUCAAACAUGUAUUUAUCCACAAGAUUUGAAAAAGACAUCAUUUUCUAACCAAUGAGCACGGUUAAAGAUAUCUUCUACGCAUGCUUCCCUUAAAAUGUGUUGGAAUUUAUGAGGAAACCGCAAAUAACUCGGAGGAACUCAUGCUACUUAAGUAGUCAAUUUCGUCAAGUGUUGUUUUUGUAGUUGACCUGAAAGGUGCGCACUGGCGUGGCCGGAAUAUCAUUGGCCUAUGCUGCGCAACAGCCAAUAUUACAACCCACCUAAGUAAUUCUGUCCCGUCAAAAAAGUUUUAGCAUUUCAAGGGAUAGGCUAGGUACUGUAGUAACGCACUUAUGCCGUCCAAACUAGUAUAAGCAAACCAACAGCUUGCCACUGCCGUUUUCAAUCGGUUUCCGAACUUUGUCCGUCGGUUUAUAAAGCAUGCAAGUGUUGUCGACCCGGAAUUCGGUCUGCAGCAUUGUAUGUUUACUUCUGGUAUGUUUGUCAAGAGGACACUUCCUGCAACUGCAAAAUCCCGAACGCAGGACACAACCUGACCGGCAGAAGUCACAGCAAGUAGUAUUGCUUUUAUUAAAUUCUAACAGAGGACCGGGUCAGCUAGAGUUGAUAAAGUAGGUGGGAGGGAGGUUAACGCAAUAAAAGGGCUCAGUGGUUAAAGGCGUUGGACUUCUAAACCAACAUGUCGCGAGUUCGAGGCUCGGGUGUUCCACACUUUAGGCUUGGGUAUGGCUGGCUGACGACGGCUAAUAAGCCAGAGAUGACCAUUGCAGUCUGCCUUGUCUUUGUCGGUAAUCACAUUCCGCCUAUAUCAUGCGCCGCUGUGUGGCUGCUGGUUGGGCUCAAGAGAGAGCCCGUAAGGCACAACGAGACGAGUGAGCUCCGUAAGAGCGAUCGGUGAGUGCCCCUCCACCACUAAUAGGAUAAAUUGGUCAGUGGAGGUAAGUAUCUUGACAUAUAGUGCAGCACUACCAUCAAAUCAGUCUAAACAACGUUCACAACGACUGUCUUAGGGAGUCCAAGUUACUAAGCGGCUUUCAUUCGAUUAGACAGCAAUAAUGUAGUAAAGCCCUCCUCCAUCGAAGUAUAACAGGUUUGAGCGAGGGAAAACAUGAUGCGACAGGCAACAUGCAUCCAAAGCUUUUGGAAUAAAUUUUAUCCACCAAUUGCGUACUUGGCUUCUGUACUCAAGUGUAGCUCAAAUAGACCUCACACCUUUUUUUUAGUAUAAAUGGCCGAAACAUAAUUGUCGCAUAUACGCAGUGCUAAUAAACUCGAGUUCCGACGUCUUUCAAUCUUGUGACCUCAUUGCAAUCAUCACAAAACCGACCCCGUCAGCUGUAAGUUUCAGUAGGAUCGGCUACACCGAGAAUCGGUACAGUUUUAAUCACAGCUGGCAAACUGAUGAUGUGGUACUUCCGAUCUCGUCAGAUCAUUGCGCAGUUGAAUUUGAUGGAAUGCCUUAUGGCGACGACUUUGAUGAUGUUUUGCUUCGUCUGCGCAAUAAUCAGCUUGCCCCAAAAAGGUACUAUCCACCUGCCCCGGCGAGCAGAUUUGCUUAAAAAGCCAGAAUCGGAGUCUCCGUAGUCUAUUUGUACAAGAUGAUCUAUGUUGGGCAAAAAAUCUGGACUUUAUGUACCAGACUUUCGGCAUUGUAAUUUUUUUACAGACACUAUAUCUCUCCAGAGACGGAAAUGAUAAGUGUAGAUUUGCGAACCAUAAGGCAUACUCCCUCCUACUUUAUUAAUGUUCCCAUUAUCAAACUCUGGGAUAGUUAUGGUGAACAGCAUCAGUAGUUGGGGCUAGUCGCACCCGUCAAUCAGCGGCUUCCCUGUUCGAAUUUUUCUACGUUUAUUCGCAUCUGAUACUGACUUUUCCUCACACAAAUACAAGUCUUUCUCUGGUGAGUGGCGGGUGCAAGAAAACGACGGCCCUCGCCGUCCGUUCUCCUACACAUUCUCAUCUGCACUGCGAUCGCCCUGACAGGAGAUUUUUCUGCGCACCUUUUUGCUAGUUUUUGUGCCUUACUUUCCACCUCCCCUACAGAAUCUGAAGAAGGAAGAAGAGGAGCAGGACGAGGAAGAGGAGGAGUCGAUUGCCAGCAGGAAACAACGUCGUCCCGUCACCUCUAAACGCGUGCAUGCCCGUGACGAUGAAGACGAGGAAGGUGAGGAGACCGAGUCGGCCUCCCUUUCACCCGCCUCCAGCGCAGACGAGGAUGAGGAGCGCGAGGCGGAAAUCGAGCGAAACGUGAGCGUAGCACAUUCCAUCGCCAAGGUAUCCCUGGAGCAAGCCUCGCUAAACAAAGCCAAGGAGAACUGUCUCCUUUUGCGACAGAAGAAGGCUACAGAACUUCUGGCCUCAUUUGCCCUGCCGGCGGCCGUUCAGGCUCAAAUCACCUCCGCAACCACCACCUCCGCUGUGGGUCUGAAUGAGGAAAAGAUGCGCAGGGUGAGUGGAAAUAAGUGGCUUUUUCUUACUACUGAGGUUGACCCCUCACUUUACCACCACAAAAGACGGGCGACUGCGUUUCCGACUUUCCGGUUACCACGUCCUGAUUUACCCAAGAAUUAUACGUGCACUCGAAUGCCACAAUUAUGUCCAUCUUCUCCACACGUUUCCCAUCACGAUUCAGUGACAGUGUCUUUUAUUUUUCAUGAUUUUAGCGAACUAUGGCUGCUGCGGACCUGGAAGCCAGACGCGGUGAGGACUACUUGGUACGUCUACUGCACCUACCUGCAGAACUGAUAUUUACACCUUUCUGCGUACUGCCCAACCAAAGUACACGUUUCAUUCGCGAACAUUGAUUUGUACUAACACCUCCUGUUUUAUUCCCUCUAUUUUUCUCUCCCUCAAAAGUUGUGGCUGUCAGAUUUACGGCACAAACGCCAACAUUUGGCCAAACAGCGUUCUUCCAGGCAGAGCCGUAUAGAUUUUGCCACGGAGCUGGGUCUGAACGCACCACCGGCCGUCGAUUUGACAAGUAAUGGCGCGUUGAAGGCCGAGAACACGGAAUCGGCGGCAUCUGUUGUCUCCCUUGAGCGGAAGACCUCUCGAGUGGAGGAGGGGUCACUGAACGAGAGGCGGCAGAGGCAGCUGGAGAAGAUCCGUGCUAUGGCAGCGGAACUGAAGCCUGAAAGGGGUCGCGGCAGCCGAAAGUCCCUGAAUACCGGAGACAGGGGACGAGGAGCCCGUGCAGCUCGCGCUCCUGCCAGAAAGGUAUGGUACUGAAGUGCUGUUUCGUAGAACGAGCUUUCUUCACCCAGGCUAUCUCGCCCGUUUCAAACUUUUUCAAAAUUGAAAUCAUGACACAAUACCUACUUUUGUAAAAUUAGUAGUAAUAUUAAGAUAUCUCGAUAGAUAUCGCGGAAGGAUUCUGGUCGGAGCAUCGUCGACAGUGUCAGUACUGAGAACACCAUGGAUGGCACUGGCUCCCCCAGCCUCCUAGAAGAAGGCGCAGACAGUUUGGACCAGCUGGGAAAUGAAGACUCUAAAAUCACGCUGUUGGACGAUGACAUUGAGUCAAUUGACUGCCUCGAUGAAUUGGAACCCCGAGCACUGUCAUCGCACACGGACGCGCUCAACGUGCCUGUAUCACCAUCUUCACUCCUCCCCUUCAGCAAUGGCAAUAAUACCUGCAGUAACAGUGGUGCACGAGCCCGUGACGCGUUCGAUCGUCUCGAGGACCUGAGCGAUCUUAGCGAAUGUGAACGUGAUCAACUGGCCGUUCUUGAUAGCGUACGCGCCCUUUACGACCCGGAGUUCGUGAAGUAAGUGUAUAAAACUUACAACUGUACGGCAGACGUGCAUUAUCAAAUAUCCUGCCUAAAAUAGCCUUAGAAACGCCUUGUCUCCAUGCUGAUUUAUUUUGCAAGCUUACAUUUUCUGGCGUCACCCACUGUUCCUUGAGUUCAACUUUUGGAUCAAAUGGACUAAUUAGCCAUAUUUAAGCACAUUGACUAUCUUCUUAGGCUGCCCUUUUUGCGUAUUGACAAGCCGAAACCUACAACUGGUUGGAAUGCUAGACAAAAAUCUCUCGUAAUGUUUGUGCUUACCCAGCUCAUACACGAUCAUUUAUGUACCUUUUUUAGAGACGCCGGAACUACAGGACUCAAAGUUGACAUAGCUGAAUAUUACACUCUUAAUAUUGGGACUGAACCCAUUCGGUAAGUCCUGUUCCUCAGUUUUCUUGAUUCGAGAUGCAGCUUAACUUUUAUUUUGCCCCCACCACGGGGUCUUUGUAGUUUUGGCCUAAAAGCUGGGCCUCGGAUAAUUUAUGCGAUUUAUUAUCCACAACGAGUUUAUCUGCUUCUGGAGUGGCAGCCGAAACUGCCUUUAAUCCUCCUCAUCUUUGACAUUUGUUGUGAAUGUAGUGCUACGGAAGCCCUUUUCGAACGAAGUCUCAUCGGGAGCCCACAGGCAGGAGUGGGCGAGUGCUUUUCAUGGAUCCUUCGGGACUCCUCCGUGGCGUUGUACAAAGAUGGGAGUCACACCGCCUGGGUUCCUAAGCGUCUUUUCAUUACCGGUGGACUUGCUCACUUACCUGGCAUGAAGGAACGUCUGCAGAUUGAACUGCAACAGCUACUUCCCUGGAAGGAGGACGGAACCGACCUCGAGGUCGUUGUUGCAGGUUAGGACCGCAGUAUCUUCCGUUUUUCCAAAAAUCACACAGAGGUAUGUUCAUGUGGACCGGCUACCUGUCGUGUCCGCCGAUUUUGGAGAAAAGUAGGCAGCAGUGAGGAUUCUGGAUAAGUGAUGAAUAGGCAUUCGUAGGCGACCAGCGGGAGUGAUUACAGUGCCACAUGGCGGUUAUAAACUAUAACUAAGUAGACUCUUCUUAAUUCGACUGUCUUGCUGAUCGGAUACCCACCCAGAGGCCGAGCUGAGGACCAGAGAUACAGUUUUUAAAAAAAUUUUCAACAAAUCCUAUGUACGUUAUUAAAUCGCAACGCUCGCUGAUAAGUCCGCAAGUUGGUUGACGUCGGAAAAAGGGCGGAUUGGUGCGGAUGAGUUAAGGAUCCCACUCGCAUUGGCAAGACAGCACCCGGCCACUCAAACGUAGACGCUUCCCAGUUGUCCAAGUUGAACUUACCGGGUCGUGACUGGCGCAGUAGCAAGUUAUCAGACAUCGACAGUUACCUCAGUCCCUGCCGCCCUGAUGUCACUGUGAAUUCGGGCGGACUCGCGUUCCGGCUGCCUCUUCUCGAGUUACCAUGUCACAAGGCCUCACACGCGUCUGCGUCUUCACCGUGCUGUCGCCAACGAUGCGACAUGGAUGCGGACAGUAUACAGCAGAGAGGUUUCUAUGACAGCAUGCAAGCAGUACUGAAGAGUGUCCAGUGUGCCAACCGUGUCGCUGCUGUGGGCUUACAUUCCAGGAUGGGUUGGGCGUUGGUAGCCUGGACCGCCUCUGGUUGGACUCGAUGUAUGGUAACUUGACACCGGGUUAAUCAGCACUCUCGAAAAUUACCACGGCUUUGUGUCAAAGUGAGUAUACAAUGAAUAUCGACCACGCUGUUGACUUUGAUGUGUUGACGACCUACUCUGCAGAUGCGCAGUGCGCCAUCCCCCGAUAGACGCAAAGCCUGUCGAAGUUCCCAUUAAGCGGAAAUAAACCCUUCUGCCUUCGCGGUCUGCGUUUUCUUUCGGGCUACAUCUGAUUGUGAGUUCGCAGACUGCCGCGUGGAGGCGAUCUUUCUACAGUAAUAAGGUCAAGCAUCGGAUCAGUCGGAUACACGCGGCCUCUCCCUGACUCCAUUGAAAUCUCCCUUUUCGAUGUGAUCCUAGCUAAAGGACCAAAUUGAGAGCGUAGGAGACUUCUGCCAAGAUAAUCAUGACCGCAUUUGAUGCACGAUGUGAAACCGCGUUUGCGCACUAUUAUCCGAGUCCCGGUCCGAGUCGAGAUCCUUUCAUUUGAGAAUAAGCUACGUAGAACGAACGGGUGUGCCCAUCUCUUAUGAACUAGGCCCCAUUGCUGCACCAGUAUGCUAUUCUUCUUAGAUGAAUGUUGGAUUUCCCGUACACAAUGUUUUGCCUCUAAUGUCAUCCAAAGCCCUUCACUUUGCAACCGUUUUUACGAUGAUGCAGCUCGUGGCGGUUGGGAAAUGCAGGCUCUUAAACACCAGGCUCACUGCAGCAUUUCCACUCACCAUUUAGAUGUUUAAGUUAACAUAUUUAGAGCCGCGGCAGGAAAGUCGUACUACUCAGUUCAUCUAACCACAAAAGAUUAUUCCUGAAAUCACUGGCGACAACGAUUUUACACAUCUCCUACUCAUGCACACAUAUAAUGUUAUUUAAAUAGCCACAUACCUGACAGAGGAUUGGUCUCACGGCUGUUUUUUCUCUUUCUGUUUCAGCUAAUCCAAGUUUAGAUGCCUGGCACGGUGCACGCAAAUGGAGUCUUGCCGCAGUCGAAACGGGUGUGGGCUUUACAACCCGCAGUCAAUAUGACGAAUGUGGACUAGAAUAUCUCGUGGAGAACGAAAUCAGUAAUCGCUUCUAUGGCAACACUCGCGACCUUGAAUUGAACCCGAAAUUUUCUUCUGGCAGAGGUCGGCAACCCAGCAUGAUCAGCUAA